CGGGACUUCCCAGUGUCAUAUGAGGAAACAUUAUUCCCAAACAGGAAAAAGGUAGCAGGUACUGAGGGAAUGAAGCGGGGACACUGGCAGAAGAAGAGACCACGUUCAACCAACGAUGAGCAGGGAAAUGGUUCUAACAGCACAGCAGAUACUGGUACAGCAGAUGAUUCAGGGUCAUCCUCUCAGUCCAAAACACCUGCACCAGAGUUACCUGGCUUCUACUAUGACCCAGAGAAAAACCGCUACUUUCGCUUGUUGCCUGGACACAACAACUGUAACCCUCUGACAAAAGAGGGGCUGCAGAAAAAGGAAGACGAGAGAAUAAGAUUGGCACUCCUGGCAGAAGAUGAUGCUCCUGUGAAGAAGGCACCCAGGGCUGGAUUGAAUUCUGCAUUGCUGUUACAGAAGAGACAUCUGGGUCUGCUGCCCCCAAGCUCCUAUUCUAGGUUCAUUCAUGAAGUGAAAGUCACUGGGAUGCAGCGUCACAAGCUGGACGUGCAGAGCUCCAACUCCACCAGCCCAAACACAGACAACUUCCAUCUCAUAGUUGCAGAUUCAGCUUGCGAGCGAGUUUUCACAGUGAACGAUGUAUCGCAUGGAGGUUGCAAGUACGGCAUUAUGGACUUCCAAGGCUGCAGAAAAGGUUCUCUGUCAGUGGAGAUGUGCGAUAACCUUUAUUUUACAAACCGUAAGGUGAACUCUGUAUGCUGGGCUUCUGUGACGCAUAAAGACUCUCAUGUUCUGUUAUGUUUGGUGGGCUUUGCUCAGACACCCGGCUGCGUGAGCUUGUUACCUGCUUCUCUUUUCAGCAACUUAAAUCCAGAUCAGCCAGGGAUGCUAUGCAGUUUUAAAAUCUCCACAGCUUGGUCAUGUGCAUGGUGCCUAAACCCACAAGCUGAUAAAACCUUCAGCACUGGCCUUUCUCGGCGUGUCAUAUUGACGGACGCUGUGACUGGACGCAGGGCGACGUACUCCUCUGGAAGUGAAGUUCUAGCUCAACAGUUUACCCUAAGGGCUCCUGUGCUGUUUAACGGCUGUCGCUCAGGAGAGAUCUUCAGCAUCGACCUGCGGCAGCGUGAAAGGGGACGCAGUUACAGUUGGCAGACCAGCCGCUUCUUCCAAGAGUCAUCCAUCACCUCUCUCCGGCUGCUACAAGAUGAGAACUACCUCCUCGCUGCUGACAUGCUGGGCCAGAUAAAGCUCUGGGACAUCCGUGUUAAGCGGUGUGUCAGAUGGUAUGAAGGACACAACAAUAAAUAUGCCUUCCUACCCAUUCAUGUCAAUGAACCGGAAGACCUGCUGCUUGCUGCGGGUCAGGACUGCUACACCCGGCUCUGGAGUCUCCAAGACGGUCAUCUCCUCAGGACGAUACCUUCACCCCACCCUGCAGGGAAAGACUCAAUCCCUAAUGUGGUGUUUUCCUCCCAGCUGGGUGGUAGCAAAGGACCACCUGGACUGCUUAUGGCCGUUCGGAAUGAUUUGUAUUACUACUCUUAUAACAAAGACUAUCAGGAUAGGUUGCCAGUGGAGGAUCAGUGGUAGUUGCAAAAAUCUUUAC